ACGCCUCCUUUGCAAGAAAAUGUGACUUUGCGGUGAAGGGCAAAAGGCUUGUGGGAUUGUGAAGUGGAUUCACAUGGUGACGUUGGAAUUUGGAGUCUCCUGGGAAGCGUGUGAAGGAUAAGUAACAUCCGUGUGCAGCCAUGGAGCGCAGCUGCCCUCAGCGCGAUGGCGUUCCGAGACCAAGAGGCACAUUGAAAGAGAUCCGGGUCAACUUGCUUGAGUGUAAAGUCUGCUUCGAGAAGUUCAACGCUCAGCGGGCCGUGCGAAGGCCGCAGAACCUGUCGUGCGGUCACGUACUGUGUGCGGAAUGUGUGGGGGCGCUGUCCCGCCCUCUCCUGAGGAAGCUGGAGUGCCCCUUCUGUCGGCAGCUGUGCCCUGUUGACGUCAUCUCCCACUGCCAGCCUCUUUGUGACCUGCAGGAGUUGCUCUCAUCCAGUCCUCCCUCUUCUUGCAUGGAGAAAAAUGAUGAAGAAGAAGCCCCAAGUGUGAGUGGCACAGCCUUUCACUUGUGUUUGACUUUUGGCGGGUGGGGGACGCUUAUCAACCCUACUGGAGUGGCGGUGAUGCAGUCCUCGGGGACUGUGUUUGUGGUGCAUGAAGAUGAGAAGAGCGUGAUGGUAUUCACUUCUCAGGGGAAGAAGCGGCACGCUUUUGGGCAAAGAGGACACGCCGGCGAGGAAGUUUGUUACCCAGUGGAUGUGGCAGUGACCCCCUGCGGUCAUGUGGUGGUGACUGACGCGGGAGAUAAGGCCGUCAAGGUUUUCACAUCUAGGGGGAACCAUGUGAUCACGAUCAAGGCCGGCUUCCGAAUGCCGUGGGGGGUGGAUACCGACAGUGGCGGGCGCAUCCUGGUGUCGGACGUCCAGGCGGGAACACUGUCCCGCUUUAAGGUGGACUACAAACAUGGUGUCAUGCUGGAGGAAGGAGUGGUGGCUUCACACCUGGAGAAUCCUAAAGCCGUGGCCUGCUGCAGGACCAGCGGUCACAUGGCGGUGAUAGAGCACGUGACCGAGGACAUAGGCUCCUCAAGGAAGCAACGUUACUCCAGACUAACUGUGUUCACUCAUGACCUCCACAUCCUCUAUCAGACCGACAAUUUAAGUCUGAACCUGAAGGCCUCUGUUACAAUAAACAUGUCCGCUGUGACGUUUGACAGAAAGGGACACCCGCUUGUGGUCGACUCACUUCAAGGGAUGAUUUGGACUUUUGGGGGCGUGCAAAGCGGUGCUGUCCUCACUCCUCUUGUGGCAGAGAACCUCAUUCGACCUGUUGCACUGGUGCCACUUAACAACACUCUUAUCAUUGUGGACGCGGGAGACCACGCAGUCAAGAUCUACUCUGGUCAGAAGCUGGACUGUGUAGUUAAUUUGUAAUAUUAUGUUAUUCUUCCACCGAUGGAUAGAGAGACAAAGCAAUAUUCACACAUAUAUACAGUAUGUGUAUUGAAAGGAUUGUACAACCAGUGGAGGCUCAUGCAUUUGAUUUGUGGGCUUUCAGUCGGGGACUUUCCACUUCAUAAUAACACCAUCAUGUCCCAAUUAUAGAAACCAUCAAUACAAUUAGAAAAAAAAUAGCAAAUAGCAGCAUGCAACUGUAUCCUGUACAUUGUUUGAAGCAGUCAGAAUCAAUAUUUAAGUAAUGGCAUGACAGAAAGAAGCUAUUUUAAUAAAAUACGUCUUAUUCA